UUUAUACCGAGCGUCACGCCCCUUUCACGGUCAAAAUGGAGGCAUUGCUGUGCGUUUGUGUGAUUGACUGCAUUUAACAUUAAUAAUCAAUUAUAAUCUUUCAUCCAUUGAGCUCGAAGUGCGUGUAAACGCAGACACACGCGUUGGACUGUAUAAGAUGGAUGCGGACGCCUCUGGCACUGAUCUGAUGGGCAAGAGCUGGGGCUUCCGGCGCAGCACGAUAGCCAAACGAGAGUUCUUGGAGGCGGUGUGCUCACUGGACGAGAGCAGCGGAGAUCCUGACCUCCAGACCAACAGGGGUCGUGGCCGGGGUCGAGGCAGAGGUCGCGGCAGGGGUCGCGGUCGCGGAAAACGUGCUGCCGACGCUGGCAUGGGGUUAACGGCAGCUAAACGAGGGCGUAGGGGUCGAGGGCGCGUGUGGGUACAUGCAGACGAGUCCAGCAGCGAACGCAACACAGGAGGAGCCACAUCCGAUCGAGCUGAAGACAGCGACGAUCUCAACCUGCAGGAGAUGCGGAGGCGAGCGCUGGCACGGCGGAUGAGGGAAAGCACAGACGGAGAGAGAAAUGAUGGUCUGGGGGAGCAGGAGGGUGUAGAGCAGUCUGACGACACCGAAAGCGCAGCAGAAGGAGAGAAGCAGGGUUUAUUCACUGACAGGGAAGCCGCAGAUACUCUGAGUUUUGCUGGAGAUGAGAGGAAUGAGCGACUGCAGAAUCACUCUGAGCACCAGGAGGAAAUCUGCAUCUCUGAUAAACAUGAGGAGGAUAAUCAGGACGCUGUGUGUGGCACAUGUGGACAGAGGGAUGAUAGUAACAGGUUGACGAUCAGCUGUAAAUCCUGUGGAGCGUUUCGGCAUGUGGACUGUGUCGGCAUCUUUGAGACUUGGAAAAAUGAGGAAUAUAUGUGUCCACCAUGCACUGAGAACCGGGAACUGACAUGCAGGAACCAGAAGACUGACGAUCCGUGCCUAAAACAAGAGAUCAGCUCAAUCAACAUGGUGGAUGUGCAGCAGAUGAUAAAGGUGGAGCAGAAUGUGGUGGAGGUUUCGCCCAAAUGCAUUGGUCCGGGCUGCAGCAGCGAUGCCCUGCCGGAGUCGGUGUACUGCGGUCAUCGCUGUAUCGUUCAGCACGCAGCCGUCGCCAUCAAGACUCUCUCUGAACCCAAACCUGAGGUCAAAUCUGCUGUUGUACCGUCUCUCAAGAGCGAGAAACGAUCAUUUCUUGCGAAGCUUUUCAAGGUGAAGGUCAACAAGAGUCCAGCAGAGAGAGAGCAGGAGGGUAAAGCAGAAGAAAAGAGCGAAGAGUCUGUCUGUUCAUCUGCAGUCGCUGACCCAGCACAAACAACCACAGCCACUCCACCUGAACAUCACAAACUCCCUGUUAAAGACAGUAGUGAUGUUGACCCUGCACCGUUGUGUAUGAAGAGUCCACCUUCAGGUUUGCCACAGGAUGCUCCCAGUUCUGAAAAGGCUCCCGCGGCUCCGCUACUGAAGAAAUCCACUCCGGCACGAGCAAAGAAAACCAUGCCCGGCUCUCCACGACUGGAGCUUUUGAAAGGGGCACUCAGUAAAAGCCCUUUAGCUUCCCUCAAAAAAUCCAGCGACUCUAGUAGAACCACGGAAGUGUCCAUCAGAGCCCCGGUAGUGUCUGCUAGAGCUCCAGAAGUAUCCAGCAAAGCCCCAGAAGUGUCCAGUGGACCCCCAGAGGUGCCUGUCAGAGUCCCCGAGAUAUCCAGCAGAGCCCCUGAAGUCCCUGCCAGUUUCCUGGAAGUAUCCAGCAAAGCUCCAGAAGUGUCUGUCAGAGCCCCCGAGAUAUCCAGCAGAGCCCCUGAAGUCCCCGUCAGUGCCCUGAAAGUGUCCGUCAGAGCCCCCGAGAUAUCCAGCAGAGCCCCUGAAGUCCCCGUCAGUGCCCUGAAAGUGUCCGUCAGAGCCUCAGAAAUAUCCAGCAGAGCCCCAGCGUCCAGCGGAGUCCCAGAAGUGUCCAGCAGAUCCCCAGAAGUGUCGGUCUUGGACCCUCGCUGCAGCCCUCUUCUGAUCAGACAAAACAUCCGCUGCUUGCUGACCAAAGUUUUGCUCGAAAGGUUAAAUCAGAGUGACGGGUUGAUCUUCUCAGAGAAUGAGGUUGAGAAGUUUGCUGUGGAUCUGGAGAAGGAGAUGUUCAGCAUGUGCUACACCACAGACCAGGAGUACAGGAGUAAAUGCCAGGAUCUCAGCCUCCGCCUCAAAGAUCCCCAAAACAAGGAGCUGUGUCUUCAGGUUUUGAAAGGGAAUCUUCCUGUAUCCAGACUCAUUUCUGUCAGUCAGCAGGACAUUGUUAAGGAGACCUCUGCAGACCCUGAACCUCAGAUCUCUAUGAAGGAAGAAUCGUCCUUUCUUUCUGUAGACAUGGAAGAAGCAACACCUUCUCCUCCUGCUGCUGCUGCUGCUGCAGAGAAGGAGUCCAUGAACACAGAUACGCCCACAGAAGAGAAGUCAUCAGCGUCUCCACUGAAGCAGACCGAGGAGAGGGAAAUCAGCUCAGAUUCUCCUCACGGGAUGAGCAGCAUGCUGAAAGACACCACAGCAGAACACAAGCUGCAUGUCUUUGACCUUAAAUGCAGGAUAUGCACAGGUCAAUCAUCCACUGAUGGUAACUGUGACAUCAAGCCCAAGACGAAGACAGAAACUGUAGAAGGGGAGAGCUCUGAACGUGUAGUUCAGCCGACGGAUGCAGCCCUGGACUGUAGUGACCUGGAGUCUCCUGCUUCUCCCAGUGCGGAGGAUGUGGAAUCAAAAACACACACUGUAGACUACUCUCCGGUCGUCAUUCCUGCAGUUCCCCUGGUGUCCAUCUCUGGGAGAGACCCUCGAACAGCACAGUAUCACAAAACUGCGUCAUCUCCUGGAACAGAGUCUGUCUCCACAUCGCUGCAGACUCCUAAUCCAGCAAGAAACACCACUGAAGCUGUAAAUGAGACGCAGCCCACGCCGGUGUCUGUGCGGCUGCCUAAAUCCAUCCUCAUGAAGCCCUCGCCAUCAUCUCUGCACACUUCAUAUGCGUCUAAUACAAGGCUGGCAGAUUGUGAUAAAGGAACCAGACAGUUUCUAGCUAAGCAGAGCAUUUUAUGGAAAGGUUUUCUCAACAUGCCGACUGUGGCCAAGUUCGUAACAAAAGGAUAUCUAAUAUCUGGUUCUCCUGACAUCCUGAAAGAGGAGUUACCAGACACUAUACACAUUGGAGGCAGAAUAUUACCUCAGACUGUAUGGGAAUAUGUUGACUUGAUUAAGACCUCAGAGGCAAAGGAGCUGUCCUUAAUACGCUUCCAUCCGGCGUCUGAUGAAGAGGAGGUGGCAUAUGUGUCGCUGUUUUCAUAUUUCAAUAGUCGUAGGAGAUUUGGGGUCGUGUCUAAUAUUUGUAAACACAUCAAGGAUCUUUACCUCAUUCCACUGUGCACUAAACAGUCCAUCCCUGCAGCUCUUCUUCCUAUUGAGGGACCAGGGCUCGAACAGGAUCACCCUAAUCUCCUAAUAGGGUUAGCAGUCUGUCAGAAACUGAAGCACCCUGACAGACCUCCUCAAGAUGCUGCUGAGAAGAAAUCAAAAUCCUUGAUUUACAAGGAAUCCAGCACUCCUACCUCAAUAAAUGAUCUUGGACCGUAUCCCACGAAGGCUUGUGAUGCUGAUGUUUUCCUCAACUCACAUUCAAGUGGAUCUCCAUCUUCAUCUUCUGUACCCGUGUCAAAACCAAGCAUGUCUGUCAACAUGGGGACAUCCAAAGACUCCACCACCCCACUUCAGACCAUACUGAACACACUAUUCGGUCAAAAGAAACCACUUUCGGAUUUGAAUGAGUGUAAGAAAGUGGAUGAUGUUCAGCAGGAGGACGCAGGGAAGUGCGUCGAUGAUAUGCCUUAUGAUCCUGAAGACUAUGAUCCUGCUGUUUCUAAUGAAGCAAUGGUUUCUUUGAGUCCACCUAAGCCUGUGGAGCUUAAAAUUCCACCUUUAGCUAUUAAUAAUGAAGAUGAUGAUAGACCGUAUGACCCAGAGGAGGAAUACUGCACAAUUGAUCACGGCGAAACUCUUAGAAGUAAUUUACCCAAAGUGUCAGAAGCUAAAAGUGUCGAAAAACCCCCAACAGCGAACACUGAUAUCGCCUAUGAUCCAGAGGAUGAGUCUGUGUUUGAAGAGAUGCAGAAUUACCUGACAAAUAAUGCAAUACCUCACAAACCCACAGUCUGCCUAUCCAAAUACAAGGACGACAUCUCAACGGCGACUCUCUCCGAGCAGCAGAAGAUUCUCGAGGAGCUGAAUAGGCAGAUCGAGGAGCAGAAAAGGCAGCUCGAAGAGCAGACAGAAACCCUACGCCUUCAGAAGGAAGCCAUCGGACUCUCCAUGGCGCAUUUCUCAGUUUCUGACGCUCUCAUGUCGCCACCGACGCAGUUUGGCAGAGAGGAAACCGAAAUUGAGACAACAGCCUACUUUUCUAUGAAUAUUCACAAUAAGGAUCCACGAAUCUGUCGAAAAGCAAGUCAAGAUGUGUCUGUCGAUAACGCAGAGUGUGAGGGAAUCGAAAAAGAAAGUGCGCAGAAGCAAGAGACGAAAAACGUGGCGUCAAAUAAAUCGUUAAUCCCAAAGAAAGAAACCCUAGAAGAAUCACCACAUCAACAGAACACCAAAUCCUCACAUUCAGAGAAAAAAGCAGACAGUAGACGGUCCACACCCAGCUCACGAAUGAAAUCACGACACGAGCACAGGUCACACCAUCAUGAGAAAUCAUCUUCAAGAGCGUCACAUACAGGCAGACCCUCAAAAGACGUCUCAGACAAACACUACAGAAGGAGAACGACUACAGAGCGGCCCUCUAGAGGAAGUUACGGAGACAGAAAGAGAGCAUCAUCAUCAUCAACAUCUUCAAGGAAAAGUUAUCAUCGUCACCAUCACAGAGACUCACCCUCAAGGUAUAGCAGGAGAAGCCAUUCCUCAUCGAAUUCACUCUCAAAACAGAGAGAUAAAUCUGCACAGGGCGACACUGGGCAAUCAGGAAAGAUCGAACAGCAGGAGUCUGGAGCAUUGCUGGAGGACAGCACUCAAUCUGAGCAAGUUUCUGACUGUCUUACUGUGCAUCCUCCUCCUGCAAGUGUUAAAGUGCAAAGCGAGACUACUAAACCUACAGACGAGCAGUUGGGAGAAGAUCAGCAAGAUGGGCUUUUAACUGCACAAGACGAGGCUGAGCAAAACCAGGCACUUCAGACAUCCCAGAACUCUUUACAGUCGCAGCCAGGCAAGUUAUUCGACAAAACUCAAGCUCAGUUGAUGCCAUGCAAAACUGACGUGUCUUCUACACAAGCACCACUUGGUAACAUUGCACAUGAGGAUUCCUCACUCAGAGGUUCAUCAGCAUUGAAGCCACACACAAUUCAGCCUGAUGACUUUCAUUAUGACUCCACGAGUCCAUCCACACACAAUCCAACCGUUUUUCCUGAGCCUGCUCCGAUUGAUCAUAAGAGAGGCAUUGCAUCAGCUCAGAGGCUGAAUUAUGACUCAACACCCCAAUCGUUCUCAGGAGAUUACCCUUUUCAUCCGCAGUUUAGAAAUCUGCCUCAGUGUGACUCUGAUAAACCCUACAGCAGAGAGAUGCCUCAGGAUUUUAGCAAUGAUGCUGAACAUGGCCAGUCUUGUGUAGCUCGUAUGCAGGAUGGGUUACCCAAAAGGGUCCGCAGAAGGUUUUCACUGGAACACACAGAACAGAGUCAACAACCCAGACCCAACCACUUCCACGAAAGCAACUUCCAAGCAGCAGAAAUCAGUGUCUUACAUCACAAACAGAGCAGUUUGCCUUGCAUGCAGGAACAACACAUUGAAGAGGAUGAAUCUGGCCAGUUUCCGCAAGGUAAGUUAUUAGGGCGCAGGGAUUUCUUCAGACCUCCUAAUGCUAAAGAGUACUUCCAGCGUUCAUCGUUCGAUGAGUGGAAACCAGUGAGAGAGCCUUCCUUCAGGACUAAAGACUCCAGUGCACACGCGUCCCCACAAUACACCUCUGAAACACAAAGCUGCAACCAGACAUUUGAAGAGGAUGAAACGGACACAAUGCAACCUUGUUUUUCCAGACAAGCUCCCACACAUUCUCGAGACCCAAACCGUGGGUCGAUGCAUAGACCAUACACACAAAGAGGCCUGCAAAGGUCUGAACUUCGAGGAUUGAGAAGGGGUAUUAGAGGGAGGUUUUUUGGAAGGGGUCCUAAAAUGAACGUACAACCCCGCUUUGAAUCACCACAGCAGUUCUUGGACCAAAGAGGAGAACCGCCUGCUAAUGCAGAGGCAUCGAGACCUCCAAGUCUUCUCAGUCUUGUCUGUCAUAAUAAAACACGUGCACCUAGAUUUCCCGCUAACGCUGCUACCCGGUUUAAAAAGACACAUCCGAAUCAAUGUGAGGUUCAAAAUUUGGGGCAACCACGCAAAAUGUUCCUGCAUGGUCACAGACUGAUGAAUACACGACCCUUACGGCGGUCAGGUCCACUGCUGCCCACUCCACCCGGAAGACCGGUCAGCAUUCCCAGACUACAGCGAUGUAACUCCCCCAAUGAAGGACACAGGGAAUAUCUGCCGUGAGAGCUGGAUAUGUCAACCUCAGUGGAUUAGUGAAGAAAACCCCAGCGGUGCUAACAAACAUCACUUUCCGUCAGGGAGUCGAUGGUGUUCAGAUAAGGAGAACCGAUUGUUCAGCAGUUGUGGACCAUCAUGAACAUCCAUGAAGUUUCAGCUGUAGAGAAAGAAGAAAGGUCAAACAUUUAGAGAUGAAUGAACAAAAGACAACAAUUAGACUAAAACUUGGUUAUGAGUGGACAGCAAGAACACAUGGAUGCAGAAGUCUUGCAGUGUUUGAUAAAGCUGAGAUUUAACCUAUGUUGGUGCAGAUGUUCAAAGGAUAGACCCCUCUAUAAAGGGUUUAGAUGAGGAAGAUCUUGUUAUAAGACAUUAACAGAAACCCAGCAAGUAUUUUUGUGCUUAAAAGUAGUCUAAAAGACGUCUGAUUGACAUCUAAACAAAAACAAAGGCUAAAUUUGGGCUGUCAAUUAACAUCUAAUCGACAUCUAAGAUCAGUACAAGACUAAACUAAUCAUCAAAUACACAGAUUAGAUGAAUGUAGUCGAUCAUUUCAGCCUAUUUGAUGAUUAGUCUAGAUUUGAACUGUUCUUAGACAUCUAUUAGAUGUUCACUGACUGCCCAAAGACUAGUCAUCAAAUACAUAGAUUAGACCAAUGUAGUCAAUCGUAGUACACUGAGAUGACUGACUAUAUUUUUCUAAUCUAUGUAUUUGAUGAGUAGUCUAGAUUUGGACUUGUCUUAGACGUCUAUAAGAUGUUUACUGACAGCCCAAAUCUAGAUUAGUCUUCAAAUACACCAAGAUGACCGACUAUAUUUGUUUAAUCUGUAAAUUUGAUGACUAGUUUUGGACUGUCGGUGAACAUCUUAUAGAUGUCUAAGAACAGUCCAAAUCUUGACUAGUCAUCAAAUAGGCUGAAAUGAUUGACUACAUUCGUCUAAUGUAGGUAUUUGAUGACUAGUCUGGUUUUGUACCGUUCUUAGAUGUCUAUGGACCGAGAGGUCCAUCUUUUGGAUGUUAGAUAUCUAUUAAAUGCAGAAUGGCUUGUUGUAAACUGUCCGAAUAGAUUGUUCUGGAAAGUAAGGCAGUGUUUGAUUGUUGUGGGAAGGCUGACGGUUCUGCCUUAUCAGUCUAAUUGUUUACUUUAAAACAAUGUUUAGUUUUUGUGUGUGAGAGAAAGAUCUGGUCAUUUAAACUACUGACAAGGUUUGAAUGUUGUUUCUGUUGUUUUAAUCUCCUGUAAGAAUGUUCUGCUGAGCUGUAAACAUGCAUUUAUGUUAAUAGAUUUUUAAGUACUUUUCUAAACGUGCGUUUGUAAGUAACUCAGAAUCACAAAAGACGAAACGCUGACCUUUUCUUCCACUGAUUUCCUUUAGUGAAGACGUUAAUCACACACACACACACACACACACACACUGACCAAUAUAGUCAUGAACUGUGUGUGUGUGUUUCUAAUAAGGAUACGCUACCUGAACAUGGACAUUCAGUUAUUGUUUACUGACGCUCAUGUGUUUCCAAACCUGCACUUUUAUUCUUCUUCAACACACACACACACACACACACACACACGACAAAAGCGGUGCUUCCUGAACAACAUCUCAUUGACUUCUGUUGUAUAGUCAAAAUAAAAGCUGUGAGGCGUUU